ACAGAGGACAAAAGUCAUUCAAGGAUUGCCUGAGAAACUGUUUUUAACCAGUACAGAUGGCUUCAAACCUUCUCCUUUAAAGGAAACAAACACAUCAAGAAUGUUGAAACUCACUGGAGAUUCUGGGUACGUUUCUAAGAAAUUGAGAUGGAUCAGUUUGCGAGGGUUUCCUUCAGAAUACCUACGUAACAAUUUUUAUCUCCAUGAUGCAAUAGCAAUUGAUUUAAAACACAGUCUUCUUCGAUUCGUCUGGAAACAACCCCAGGUUUUGCUUUGGCUAAAAGUUCUUAAUCUUAGUCACUCCAAGUACUUGACAAAAACCCCUGACUUUAUCGGACUACCACGUCUUGAACAACUCAUUCUCAAAGAUUGUCCACGUUUGAACGAAGUACACCAAUCUAUUGGAUGUCUUUGCUAUCUUACACUGCUAAAUUUAAAGGACUGUACAAGGCUAAGCAAUCUCCCAAAAGAGAUAUAUGAGUUGACAACUUUGCAAACUCUCAUUCUUUCUGGUUGUUCGAAAAUUGACCUAUUGAAAAAAGAUAUAAUGCAAAUGGAAUCCUUGGUAACUCUAAUUGCUGAAAAUACAGUUGUGAAACAAUUGCCUUUUUCAAUGGUAAGUUCAAAAAGCAUUGGAUAUAUAUCUUUAUGUGGACUUGAGGGAUUGUCACAUAAUCUCUUUCCUUCUAUCAUUCGGUCUUGGAUGUCAUCAACAAUGAAUAAGCUGUCUUAUAAACAUUCGUUUUGCAUGGAUAUGGAAGAUAAUAGUUGGGAUGAUUUUGUGCCAUUUCUUAGCAGUCUUGCAAAUCUUCGAAGUGUUUUGGUGCAAUGUGAUACCGAAUUUCAACUAUCUAAGCAAGUAGAAACUAUUUUGAUUGAAUAUGGAGCAAAUAUUACAGAAUCAGGAACUUCAAAGCAGCACUUCAAGUCUUCUUUGAUUGGUGUUGGUAGAUGCAAAGAUUUCUUCAAUGCUGUCAGUGAUAGAAUUUCUGAGGUAUUUGCAAGCAGUGAGUCAUGUGAUAUUUCUCUUCCAAGUGACAAUGAUCCUUAUUGGUUGGCGCAUAGAGGUGAAGGACAUUCUGUUUCUUUCNUUUAG